ACACUUCAGUCCAAAGUGCAUUACAAUCUGUCAUAUACAUGCACAUAAAGAGAAAAAGUUCAAUUCUUUUGCUUAUUUAUUUAUUUUCUUCUGUCUUUUUCUUUGCCUUUUUAGUCAAUUUUUUAUACUUUGCUUUAUUUCCAGUUCCUGGUUAUUUAUCGCAUCUUAACUUUGCUUAUUACACUAAAAAUCUUGAUUUCUUAGGAAAGAUCGGAAAAUUGGGAAAAUUGAGAAAUUGGGUGUGAAUUAAAAAGAGAAUCUUUAGAACUGUGAUUUGCUCAAUUCUCAUUAAAGAACUGGGCUUUCUUUGCUCUUUGUAGGAGAUAGUGUGAAGAACAGAUUACCUGACAAUGUAUACUCAGAGGAUGCAAUCUGAUUCUAUUCUUGGCCGAAAAAAUGAUGGAUUGGGCUUUGGAAUACUAUGUGGUUCUAAGUUUCAAGCUGGGCUUUUUCCAUCUGGUAAUGAAAAUGGGUGGGGGUCUGAUAUGGAUACUGGUUCGGAUUCGGACGAUGGGGUUUAUGGUGGACAUUACUCAGUUGAAACUUCACCUCAAGAUGAUAAGUUUCACAAUGUUGGUAUUCUAAAGAACAACAGUUUUGAGAGUGUGCCUGGUUAUGGAGUUAAAAAACCAUCAAAUUUUGUUGCAAGUUCUAAAACUACAGCUUCGGUGCCAUUUUCGAGACAGAGCCCGAAGUUGUCCAAUGGUAAUAUUCCCAGUGCACCCCCUUUAGGUGGUUCAUUACAACAACGGGAUCAAAUUUUUGAGCAACGUAAAACCUUUGUGGCAGAUGAUAUCUCCUUCCCAGAAAUAUCAGGUUGUUCUGUAGCAAUGGAUGAAGCUAAAGCAUAUAAUACUGCAUCCGUAGGUGCUGCAAAAGAUGGACAGUCUGAUCCGUCCGGAAGGGUUGGUGGUGUACCUUCUAAUUCUUCAUCUGCCGUCUUUCCAACAUAUCAUGCAAGUGUACGAGGUAGUUGGCAAGCUUUCGUUGCUUAUGAGGCAUGUGUUCGACUAUGUCUUCACUCAUGGGCGAAGGGUUGCCACGAAGCUCCAGCUUUCUUGGAAAAUGAAUGUGCCUUGUUGCGAGAUGGUUUUGGCGUAAGGCAAGGAUUGUUACAAUCGGAGGAAGAGCUAUUGAAGAAAAAGUCCUUGGAACUUGUUGGUGAGGGAGCCUCGAUGAAGCCAAAGAAAACUUUUGGCAAGCUGAAAGUUCAAGUGCGUAAAGUGAAAUUGGCAUUGGACCCACCCACGGGCUGCAGCUUUUCCACUCUGAAACCACCGAAGGUAAAACUGGAGGCUAUACGUGCUCAGUUGUCCAAUGUGAAAUCAACUCUCAGUUCUGAGUGGGGAGCCAUACGAAAAGUACGUGUGGCUCCAAGGAUUCCUCCAAAUGGUUCUUUAUCACGUCAAAGCUUGGCAUACCUUCAUGCCGGUACUCGUUAUGUAAAAGACAUUUCUGAGAUUUUGAAACUUGGUGCAACUUCUUUACGAAGCAGUUCAACAUCAUAUGAAGUAGUUCCAGAGACAUACUUUUGUUCGUUGAGAUUGAAAAGCCUACCUGAAGAGGACACGGUAAAAAUGCAAGCUGGAUCCGCUGAAACACAUCUAUUCUUACCAGAGGGGCUUGGGGAUGACUUAAUUGUUGAAGUACAUGACUCAAAGGGAAACUACUGUGGUCGUGCAGUAGCUCAGGUUGCUGAUAUUGCUGAUGAUCCGGGAGACAAACUCCGUUGGUGGUCCAUAUAUCAUGAACCAGAGCAUGAACUUGUCGGAAGAGUACAGCUAUACAUAAAUUAUUCUACUAGUCCUGAUGAAAAUAGCCACACUAAGGGUGGUCCUGUCGCAGAAACCGUUGCAUAUGAUUGUGUUCUGGAAGCAGCAAUGAAGGUUCAACAGUUUCAGCAGAGAAAUUUGUUGCUUCAUGGUGCUUGGAGAUGGUUGGUAACUGAAUUUGCAUCAUACUAUGGAGUCUCAGAUGCAUACACUAGGCUAAGAUAUCUUUCUUAUGUCAUGGAUGUUGCGACGCCUACAGCGGACUGUCUGAACUUGGUGUAUGAUUUGCUACUACCUGUGGUCUCUAAAGGCAGAACUAAGAAUACCCUAAGUCAUCAAGAGAAUCGAAUUUUAGGAGAAGUUUCCGAAAAGAUCGAGCUGAUCGUUGCACUAGUUUUUGAGAACUACAAGUCUUUAGACGAAUCAUUACCAUCAGGGAUGGCUGAUGUGUUCAGACCUGCUAGUGGAGUUGCAGCUCCCGCACUGUCUCCUGCUUUGAAGCUGUAUAGUCUUCUUAAUGAUAUACUUUCUCCAGAGGCGCAGUUGAAGCUAUGCAAAAAUUUUCAGAUUGCUGCGAAGAAACGAUCCAGAAGACACUUGGCAGAAACAGAUGAAUUUGUCUCCAACAACAAUGAUAACAUAUUGAUGGAUCCUGUGGCUCGCUCCACCGCUUACCAGAAGAUGGUAUCACUUUGUUUGAAUAUCAGACGUGAAGUUCGUACUGACAUGGAGAUCCAUAAUCAGAAUAUACUUCCAAGUUUCCUAGACCUCCCAAAUCUUUCUUCAGCUAUAUACUCCACGGAGCUAUGUAGCAGAUUGCGUGCAUUCCUUGUUGCAUGUCCUCCCACUGGUCCCUCGUCUCCUGUAGCUGAACUCAUUGUCGCGACAGCUGAUCUUCAGAAGGAUUUUAGUGCCUGGAACAUCAGUCCUGUCAAAGGUGGAGUUGAUGCAAAGGAGUUGUUCCAUCCAUAUAUUACCCUCUGGAUCAAGGAGAAGCGUCUUGCUUUGCUCGAAUUCUGUAAACCUGACAAGAUAAAGUGGCCCUGUGUAGAUGCACAGUAUUCGACAACUCCUUUUGUUGAUGAUAUCUAUGAACGAAUAAAGGAGACAUUAGCUGAAUAUGAUGCUGUCAUAAGACGCUGGCCUGAAUACCUUUUCUCGUUGGAAACUGCUAUAGCAGACGUAGAAAAGGCGGUUAUUGAAACCUUGGAUAAGCACUAUGCAGAUGUUUUAUCUCCAUUAAAGGAGAAUGUAAUGCCCAUUAAAUUAGGUCUCAAGUAUGUCCAGAAAAUUACCAAAGGCACAGUAUGUCCCUAUGCAGUCUGCAAAGAGCUGGGAAUUCUUUUGAAUUCCAUGAAGAGAAUGCUGGAUGUUCUACGGCCGCAGAUAGAACUGCAAUUCAAGUCAUGGGGUUCUUGCCUGCCAGAUGGUGGUCACGUCACCCCAGGAGAGCGUAUCAGUGAAAUUACAGUUAUGUUGAGAACCAAAUUCAGAGGUUAUAUGCAAGCAAUUAUGGAUAAACUUGUCGAAAAUACGAGAUUGCAGAGUCCCACCAAACUGAAGAAGAUAAUCCAAGAUGCUAAGGAAGGUACACAGGAGUCUGAUUUACGAGUUAGGAUUCAGCCACUGAAGGAUAUGCUGGAAAAUUCAAUUGAGCAACUUCAUAUGGUAUUUGAGACACAAGUUUUCAUAAUUAUUUGCCGAGGCUUCUGGGAUCGGAUGGGGCAGGAUGUGCGAAAGUUUUUGGAGGAAAAGAAAGACAAUAGAUCUUGGUACAAAGCAUCACGAGUUGCAGUAUCUAUUUUAGACGACAUAUUUGGAUCAGAAAUGCAAAAAUUUCUAGGUAAUGCGCUUCAAGAGAAAGACUUGGAACCGCCUAGAUCUAUUGCAGAUGUUCGAUCCAUGCUUUGUAAAGACGCUGUGAAUGACAACGACAACAACUACUUUUAUUAGAGUAUAGCAAAUUGUACAUAGUAUAUAUACAAAAUACUUCUGGAUAGCACUUUCCUAACUACUUUUUGUCGCGGAGAAAUAUCAAGAGCUGCAGCCUUGCUCCCCAGGAAGCGUAGCAUGGAGCCGCAUUGGGGUUCUGUCCAAUUUUGUUAGGUACUCUAUGUUUUGGUUCUUAUAAAUGGCUGAUAUAGAGCACAACUGAUCAUUUUUUAUUCAUUUAGAAAGUUGUAAUACUAGUUUUCUGAGCUUGUAUACUCUUGGAUAUUUCUCAAAUUAUAGCCAAGGUCUGGGGAGGGUAUAUAGUACGCA